UCAGAUAUUCUCUCCUCCAAACACCACCCCUCAGUCGGGUUACCAGAGCACUGGAGCAGAAACUCUUUUCUGGAAGUUCACUUACUCACUGAGACUGAAAGAUUCCGAGGCCAAUGACGAACAUCGCCGGGAUGAUCGGAAAUCACCUUCUCAUCACUCAACACCUCCUCUUCACACUCUUCUGCAUCUCGGCAGUUGGAAGUGAGUUGGAGAAGUCACAACAGUACCCUUUAGUUGUAAGCACAUGGCCUUUCGUAGAAGCUGUUAGGGCUGCCUGGAAGGCCGCUGAUAGUGGUUUGUCAGCUAUGGAUGCAGUGGUGGAAGGCUGUUCCACUUGUGAGGAAUUACGGUGUGAUGGCACAGUUGGGCCUGGCGGAAGUCCAGAUGAAAAUGGAGAAACCACAAUCGAUGCUAUGAUCAUGGAUGGGACAUACACAGGUGACAAUGGAAGUUGGAGCUGUUGGUGCUAUGAGGUAUGUGAAAGAUGGAAUAAAAGCUGCAAGGCUGGUGAUGGAAUAUACCAACCACACUAUGCUUGUCGGGGAGCAAGCUUCGGUCUUUGCCCUUUCCAUGGGCCUUCCUGGGCCUACAAACCUAAGCUCAGCAGAAUCAAUAGAAAAAUGGAUGAAAUGGAAAGAAAACAAUUGCCAAUCUAAUUUUAGAAAAAAUGUCUUCCCUGUGGACAACUGCGGCCCAUACCAUCCUAAGCAUUCUCUCUACCAGGAUGAGCAUAUAUGCUCCACGAGGCCUACUCAAUCAGGGUCAUUUCAUAUAAACCGUAACAACCAUGACACAAUCUCUAUGGCAGUUGUUGACAGAGAAGGGCAUAUUGCUGUUGGAACCUCAACUAAUGGGGCAACAUUCAAGAUUCCUGGAAGGGUUGGUGAUGGACCUAUUGUUGGGUCUUCAGCAUAUGCUGACUCUGAAGUUGGAGCUUGUGGGGCAACUGGGGAUGGUGACAUCAUGAUGCGUUUCCUACCAUGCUAUCAAGUUGUGGAAAGUAUGAGAUUAGGCAUGGAACCCAAAGUUGCUGCUCAAGACGCAAUAUCACGUAUAGCAAGAAAAUUCCCAGGCUUCAUGGGGGCAGUGUUUGCUGUCAACAAGAAUGGUGUUCAUGCAGGUGCAUGCUAUGGAUGGACGUUUCAGUACUCGGUGAUGAAACCUGGAAUGGACAAUGUUCUUGUCUUCACCGUUCACCCUGAAACCAUGAUUGUGUGACGAAGAUGCCCCCAAGUCCCCAACUUCCCUUUUCAAGUAUGCAAUGUGGAAUUCGUUGCAGUUCCUUUGUUGUAAUAUUAAUUUGCUAGACUAGAAGAAUUCCUCAAUUCAUAUCAACAGAAACUAAAAACGAUGUUGUUUAGAAGUUAAUAUUUUUCUUGAAAGGGCUGAAAGCCUGAAAGGAAGAUAAAUGGCAUAUGGAUUAUUUUUA